GUAAAAAAAAGGUCCCCAAAGCCAUGCUGGAAUACUCAAAUACACUUUCAUUAUUUUUGGGUUUGAAAAAUUAGAUACAUCUAAAUUUCUCUUGGUUUCGAAAUUUCUCUCGUCUAAAUUCAAGGUACUCCAAAAUGACGACGCACUUCUAUUAUCCCAACAAGGAGUUGCAAGAGGAGCUGUCCUGCAUUGCCAAGGCUCUGGUGGCACCUGGAAAGGGUAUCCUGGCUGCGGAUGAGUCCAGUGCCGUGAUGGGGAAACGUUUCCAGUUGAUUGGUGUGGAAAACACCGAAGAGAAUCGUCGUCUAUAUCGCCAGAUGCUGUUCACCACCGAUCCCAAGAUAUCGGAAAAUAUUUCGGGGGUGAUUUUCUAUCACGAAACUUUGCAUCAGCGGACAGACGAUGGUAUGCCUUUUGUGGAGGUUUUGAAGAAAAAGGGCAUCCUGACGGGCAUCAAAGUGGACAGACACUUUUCGCCACUCUUUGGCUCUGAGGAUGAGUUCACUACCCAGGGAUUGGAUGAUCUGGCCAAUCGAUGUUCCCAGUACAAGAAGGAGGGAUGCAGCUUUGCCAAGUGGAGAUGUGUCCUGAAGAUAUCCAAGAAUACACCAUCGCCUCAGGCUAUUCUGGAAAAUGCCAAUGUAUUGGCUCGAUAUGCGGCCAUCUGUCAAUCGCAGCGUCUGGUGCCAAUCAUUAGUCCCGAGAUCCUGCCCACCGGCGAUCACGAUCUGGAUCGUUGCCAAAAGGUUACUGAGACACUGCUGGCCGGUGUCUACAAGGCCCUCAGUGAUCAUCACAUCUUCCUGGAGGGAACUCUCCUGCAGCCGAGCAUGGUCACUCCUGGACUCCAAAGCAGCAAAUCUCAUCCAGCCACGGACAUUGGUCUAGCCACGGUUUUGUCUAUAAGACGCACGGUUCCGCCAGCUGUUCCUGGUGUCCUCUUUUGCUGUGGUGCCCAAUCGGAGGAGGAGUCUUCGAUCUCUCUGAACGCCAUUAAUAAUAUUCCUUUGUGCAAGCCCUGGGCCAUGAGUUUCGCUUUUGAUCGAGCCUUGCAGACUUCCAUCCUUAGGACUUGGGGUGGCAGAAAGGAGCAGCUUACCCAUGCCCAAAAUGAGCUUCUAAAACGCUGCAGGGCCAACAGUCUAGCCUGCAUUGGCAAAUAUGUAAUUGGGUCAAUAGAAAGCUCAGCGGGCACAGAGAAGCUCUUACAAGAAGCCAUUGAGUUCUAAGACGUCCUUCUUUGGUAAUUCGUAAAAAUUUUAGUUCAAAAAAUAAUAAA